GCCGCUGCCGCUGCUGCUGCUGCUGCUGCUGUUGCUGCUGCCGCUGCCACCACUACUGGGAGACCAAGUGGGGCCCUGUCGUUCUCUCGGGUCUGGGGGACGAGGCUCCUCGGGGGCCUGCGCCCCCGUGGGCUGGCUCUGUCCAGCUUCAGCCUCGAACCUCUGGCUCUACACCAGCCGCUGCAGAGAUGCGGGCAUCGAGCUGACUGGCCACCUGGUGCCCCACCACGAUGGCCUGAGGGUCUGGUGUCCAGAAUCUGGCGCCCAUAUCCCCCUUCCACCAGCCCCUGAAGGCUGCCCCUGGAGCUGUCGCCUCCUGGGCAUUGGAGGCCACCUUUCUCCACAGGGCAAGUUGACCCUGCCUCAGGAACACCCUUGCUUAAAGGCUCCACAGUUGAAAUGUCAGUCUUGCAAGCUGGCACAGGUCCCAGGGCUCAGGACAGGGGAAGGGUCACCAGAGGAGUCCAUGGGUGGACGGCGAAAAAGGAAUGUAAAUACAGCACCUCAGUUCCAACCCCCCAGCUAUCAGGCCACAGUGCCUGAGAACCAGCCAGCGGGAACCUCUGUUGCAUCACUCCGUGCCAUCGAUCCAGAUGAGGGAGAGGCAGGUCGGCUGGAGUACACCAUGGAUGCCCUCUUUGAUAGCCGCUCCAACCAUUUCUUCUCCUUGGACCCAAUCACUGGUGCUGUCACCACAGCAGAGGAGCUGGAUCGGGAGACCAAGAGUACCCAUGUCUUCAGGGUCACUGCACAGGAUCAUGGUAUGCCUCGAAGGAGUGCCCUGGCUACACUCACCAUUUUGGUGACUGACACCAAUGACCAUGACCCUGUUUUUGAGCAGCAGGAGUACAAGGAGAGCCUCAGGGAGAACCUGGAGGUUGGCUAUGAGGUGCUCACUGUCAGGGCCACGGAUGGUGAUGCUCCCCCCAAUGCCAAUAUUCUGUACCGCCUGCUGGAGGGGCCUGGGGGCAGCCCUUCGGAAGUCUUUGAAAUUGACCCUCGAUCUGGUGUGAUCCGCACCCGUGGCCCAGUGGAUCGGGAAGAGGUGGAGUCCUACAAGCUGACAGUGGAAGCAACUGACCAGGGUCGGGACCCAGGUCCACGGAGUGCCACAGCCACUGUUUUUCUGUCUGUGGAGGAUGACAAUGACAAUGCCCCUCAGUUUAGUGAGAAGCGUUAUGUGGUCCAGGUGCGAGAGGAUGUGACCCCAGGGGCACCAGUACUCCGUGUCACAGCCUCGGACCGGGACAAGGGUAGCAAUGCCCUGGUGCACUAUAGCAUCAUGAGUGGCAAUGCUCGGGGACAGUUUUAUCUGGAUGCCCAGACUGGGGCCCUGGAUGUGGUGAGUCCUCUUGACUAUGAGACAACCAAAGAGUAUACUCUACGGGUGCGGGCACAGGAUGGGGGUCGGCCCCCACUGUCUAAUGUCUCUGGCCUGGUAACAGUGCAAGUCCUGGAUAUUAAUGAUAAUGCCCCUAUCUUUGUCAGCACCCCUUUCCAAGCUACUGUCCUGGAGAGUGUCCCCUUAGGCUACUUGGUUCUCCAUGUCCAGGCAAUUGAUGCUGAUGCUGGUGACAAUGCCCGCCUGGAGUACCGCCUUGCUGGAGUUGGGCAUGACUUCCCUUUCACCAUCAACAAUGGCACAGGCUGGAUCUCUGUGGCUGCUGAACUGGACCGGGAGGAAGUUGAUUUCUAUAGCUUUGGGGUAGAAGCCCGAGACCAUGGCAUCCCAGCACUCACUGCCUCAGCCAGUGUCAGUGUAACCAUCCUGGACGUCAACGAUAACAACCCAACCUUUACCCAGCCAGAGUACACAGUUCGGCUCAAUGAGGAUGCAGCUGUGGGCACCAGUGUAGUGACUGUGUCAGCUGUGGACCGAGAUGCUCAUAGUGUCAUCACAUACCAGAUCACCAGCGGUAACACCCGCAACCGCUUCUCCAUCACCAGUCAGAGUGGCGGUGGGCUGGUGUCCCUCGCCUUGCCACUGGACUACAAACUUGAGAGGCAGUAUGUGUUGGCUGUUACUGCCUCUGAUGGCACAAGGCAGGAUACAGCACAGAUUGUGGUGAAUGUCACUGAUGCCAACACCCAUCGUCCGGUCUUUCAGAGCUCCCACUAUACAGUGAAUGUUAAUGAGGACCGGCCAGCAGGCACCACGGUGGUGCUGAUCAGUGCUACAGACGAGGACACAGGUGAGAAUGCCCGUAUUACCUACUUUAUGGAGGACAGCAUCCCCCAGUUCCGUAUUGAUGCAGACACAGGGGCUGUCACCACCCAGGCUGAACUAGACUAUGAAGACCAGGUGUCUUAUACCUUGGCCAUCACUGCUCGGGACAAUGGCAUUCCCCAGAAGUCUGACACCACCUACCUGGAGAUUCUGGUGAAUGACGUGAAUGACAAUGCUCCUCAGUUCCUCCGGGAUUCCUAUCAGGGCAGUGUCUAUGAGGAUGUGCCCCCUUUCACCAGUGUCCUGCAGAUCUCAGCCACUGAUCGUGACUCUGGUCUUAAUGGCCGGGUAUUCUAUACCUUCCAAGGAGGUGAUGAUGGAGAUGGUGACUUUAUUGUAGAGUCCACUUCAGGCAUAGUGAGAACACUGCGCAGGCUAGAUCGUGAGAAUGUGGCCCAGUACAUCUUACGAGCAUAUGCAGUGGACAAGGGGAUGCCCCCAGCCCGCACACCCAUGGAAGUGACAGUCACUGUGUUAGAUGUGAACGACAAUCCACCUGUCUUUGAGCAGGAUGAGUUUGAUGUGUUUGUGGAAGAGAACAGCCCCAUUGGGCUGGCCGUGGCCCGUGUCACGGCCACUGACCCUGAUGAAGGCACCAAUGCACAGAUCAUGUACCAGAUUGUGGAGGGUAACAUCCCUGAGGUCUUCCAGUUGGAUAUUUUUUCUGGGGAGCUGACUGCCCUGGUGGACUUAGACUACGAGGACCGGCCUGAAUACGUCCUGGUCAUCCAGGCCACAUCAGCUCCACUGGUGAGCAGGGCUACUGUCCAUGUCCGCCUCCUUGACCGCAAUGAUAACCCACCAGUGCUGGGCAACUUUGAAAUCCUUUUCAACAACUAUGUCACCAACCGCUCGAGCAGCUUCCCUGGGGGUGCCAUUGGCCGAGUGCCUGCUCAUGACCCUGACAUCUCGGACAGCCUGACUUACAGCUUUGAGCGGGGAAAUGAACUCAGCUUGGUCCUACUCAACGCUUCCACGGGAGAGCUGAGGCUGAGCCGGGCACUGGAUAACAACCGGCCUCUGGAGGCCAUCAUGAGCGUGUUGGUGUCAGAUGGCGUUCACAGCGUGACAGCCCAGUGUGCACUGCGCGUCACCAUUAUCACAGAUGAGAUGCUCACACACAGUAUCACGUUGCGCCUGGAAGACAUGUCGCCCGAGCGCUUCCUGUCACCACUGCUGGGCCUCUUCAUUCAAGCGGUGGCCGCCACGUUGGCCACGCCCCCGGACCACGUGGUGGUCUUCAACGUGCAGCGGGACACCGACGCCCCCGGUGGCCACAUCCUCAACGUGAGCCUGUCAGUGGGCCAGCCACCGGGACCCGGGGGUGGGCCGCCCUUUCUGCCCUCCGAAGACCUGCAGGAGCGCCUGUACCUCAAUCGCAGCCUGCUGACGGCCAUCUCGGCGCAGCGCGUGCUGCCCUUCGACGACAACAUCUGCCUGCGCGAGCCCUGUGAGAACUACAUGCGCUGCGUGUCGGUCCUGCGCUUCGACUCCUCGGCGCCCUUCAUCGCCUCCUCCUCCGUGCUCUUUCGGCCCAUCCACCCGGUCGGGGGCCUGCGCUGCCGUUGCCCACCAGGCUUCACCGGAGACUACUGUGAGACGGAGGUGGACCUCUGCUACUCGCGCCCCUGCGGUCCCCACGGGCGUUGCCGCAGCCGUGAGGGAGGCUACACCUGCCUCUGCCGUGAGGGCUACACGGGUGAGCACUGUGAGGUGAGUGCCCGCUCAGGCCGUUGCACCCCAGGUGUCUGCAAGAAUGGGGGUACCUGUGUCAACCUGCUAGUGGGCGGUUUCAAGUGUGACUGCCCAUCUGGGGACUUCGAGAAGCCCUACUGCCGGGUGACCACGCGCAGCUUCCCUGCCCGCUCCUUUAUCACCUUCCGUGGCCUGCGCCAGCGCUUCCACUUCACCCUGGCCCUCUCGUUUGCCACUAAGGAGCGCAACGGGCUGCUGUUGUACAAUGGGCGCUUCAAUGAGAAGCAUGACUUUGUGGCCCUUGAGGUGAUUCAGGAGCAGGUUCAACUCACCUUCUCUGCAGGAGAGUCGACCACCACCGUGUCACCAUUUGUACCUGGAGGGGUCAGUGAUGGCCAGUGGCACACGGUGCAGCUGAAGUACUAUAAUAAGCCACUGUUGGGCCAGACGGGGCUCCCGCAAGGCCCAUCUGAACAGAAGGUGGCUGUGGUGUCUGUGGAUGGCUGUGAUACAGGAGUGGCUCUGCGCUUCGGAGCUAUACUGGGCAACUACUCCUGUGCUGCUCAGGGCACCCAGGGUGGCAGCAAGAAGUCUCUGGAUCUGACAGGGCCCCUGCUGCUGGGUGGGGUGCCCGACCUGCCUGAGAGCUUCCCUGUCCGAAUGCGGCACUUUGUGGGCUGCAUGAAGAACUUGCAAGUGGACAGCCGGCACGUAGACAUGGCCGACUUCAUUGCCAACAAUGGCACUGUGCCUGGAUGCCCCACCAAGAAGAACGUGUGUGACAGCAACACUUGCCACAAUGGGGGCACCUGCGUGAACCAGUGGGAUGCGUUCAGCUGCGAGUGUCCCCUGGGCUUCGGGGGCAAGAGCUGUGCCCAGGAAAUGGCCAAUCCCCAGCUCUUCCUGGGCAACAGCCUUGUGGCCUGGCACGGCCUCUCACUGCCCAUCUCUCAGCCUUGGCACCUCAGUCUCAUGUUCCGCACACGCCAGGCCAAUGGCGUCCUGCUACAGGCUGUCACCAGGGGACGCAGCACCAUUACUCUACAGCUUCGAGAGGGCCACGUGGUGUUGAGUGUGGAGGGCACAGGGCUUCAGGCCUCGUCCCUCCGUCUGGAGCCAGGUCGGGCCAAUGAUGGUGACUGGCACCACACACAGCUGUCACUGGGAGCCAGCGGGGGCCCUGGCCAUGCCAUCCUGUCCUUCGACUACGGGCAACAGAGGGCAGAGGGAAACCUGGGCCCCCGCCUUCAUGGGCUGCACCUGAGCAACAUUACAGUCGGGGGAGUCCCUGGGCCUGCCAGUGGUGUGGCCCGAGGCUUCCGGGGCUGUUUGCAGGGUGUGCGGGUAAGUGAGAUGCCCGAGGGUGCCAGCAGUCUUGAUCCCAGCCGUGGGGAGAGCAUCAACGUGGAACCAGGAUGUAGCUUGCCAGACCCCUGUGACUCCAACCCGUGUCCUGCUAACAGCUACUGCAGCAAUGACUGGGAUAGCUAUUCCUGCAGCUGUGAUCCAGGUUACUAUGGUGACAACUGUACUAAUGUGUGUGACCUGAACCCUUGUGAGCACCAGUCUGUGUGUACCCGCAAACCUAGUGCUCCCCAUGGCUACACCUGUGAAUGUCCCCCAAAUUACCUUGGGCCAUACUGUGAGACCAGGAUCGACCAGCCUUGCCCCCGUGGCUGGUGGGGACACCCCACAUGUGGCCCAUGCAACUGUGACGUCAGCAAAGGCUUUGACCCAGACUGCAACAAGACAAGCGGCGAGUGCCACUGCAAGGAGAAUCACUACCGGCCUCCUGGCAGCCCCACCUGCCUCCUGUGUGACUGCUACCCCACGGGCUCUUUGUCUCGAGUCUGUGACCCUGAGGACGGCCAGUGUCCAUGCAAACCUGGUGUCAUCGGGCGCCAGUGUGAUCGCUGUGACAACCCUUUUGCUGAAGUCACUACAAAUGGCUGUGAAGUGAAUUAUGACAGCUGCCCACGGGCUAUCGAGGCUGGGAUCUGGUGGCCCCGCACCCGUUUUGGGCUGCCCGCUGCUGCCCCAUGCCCUAAAGGCUCCUUUGGGACCGCUGUGCGCCACUGUGAUGAACACAGGGGCUGGCUGCCCCCAAACCUCUUCAACUGCACGUCAGUCACCUUCUCAGAGUUGAAGGGUCUCGCUGAGCGGCUGCAGCGGAACGAAUCAGGCCUGGACUCAGGACGCUCCCAGCGGCUGGCCCUGCUCCUGCGCAAUGCUACACAGCACACCGCUGGCUACUUUGGCAGUGAUGUCAAAGUGGCCUACCAGCUGGCCACACGGCUGCUGGCUCACGAGAGUGCCCAGAGAGGCUUUGGGCUGUCUGCCACACAGGAUGUGCACUUCACUGAGAAUCUGCUGCGAGUGGGCAGCGCCCUUCUGGAUGCAGCCAACAAGCGGCACUGGGAACUGAUACAGCAGACGGAGGGCGGCACCGCCUGGCUGCUCCAGCACUACGAGGCCUACGCCAGCGCCCUGGCCCAGAACAUGCGGCACACCUAUCUAAGCCCCUUCACCAUUGUCACGCCCAACAUUGUCAUCUCUGUAGUGCGCUUGGACAAGGGGAACUUUGCUGGGGCCAAGCUGCCCCGCUAUGAAGCACUGCGAGGAGAGCGGCCCCCAGACCUAGAGACGACAGUCAUUCUACCCGAGUCUGUCUUCAGAGAGAUGACCCCUGUGGUCAGGCCUGCUGGCCCUGGGGAGGCCCAGGAACCUGAGGAGCUGGCACGGCGGCAGCGGCGGCACCCGGAGCUGAGCCAGGGAGAGGCUGUGGCCAGCGUCAUCAUCUACCGCACCCUGGCUGGGCUACUGCCCCACAACUACGACCCAGACAAGCGCAGUCUGAGAGUCCCCAAGCGUCCAGUCAUCAACACCCCUGUGGUGAGCAUCAGCGUCCAUGAUGAUGAGGAGCUCCUGCCUCGAGCCCUGGACAAGCCAGUCACUGUGCAGUUCCGGCUGCUGGAGACCGAGGAGCGGACCAAGCCCAUCUGUGUCUUCUGGAACCACUCUAUCCUGGUCAGUGGCACGGGUGGCUGGUCAGCCCGAGGCUGUGAGGUUGUCUUCCGCAACGAGAGCCAUGUCAGCUGCCAGUGCAACCACAUGACGAGCUUCGCUGUGCUCAUGGACGUGUCCCGGCGGGAGAAUGGAGAGAUCCUGCCCCUGAAGACACUGACAUAUGUGGCCCUAGGGGUCACCUUGGCUGCCCUGCUGCUCACCUUCCUCUUCCUCACCCUUCUUCGCGCCCUGCGCUCCAAUCAGCAUGGCAUCCGACGCAACCUGACAGCCGCCCUGGGCCUGGCUCAGCUGGUCUUCCUCCUGGGAAUCAACCAGGCUGACCUGCCUUUUGCUUGCACAGUCAUUGCCAUCCUGCUGCACUUCCUGUACCUCUGCACCUUUUCCUGGGCUCUGCUGGAGGCCUUGCACCUGUACCGGGCACUCACAGAGGUCCGUGACGUCAAUGCCGGCCCCAUGCGCUUCUACUACAUGCUGGGCUGGGGCGUGCCUGCCUUCAUCACAGGCCUAGCUGUGGGCUUGGACCCUGAAGGAUAUGGAAACCCUGACUUCUGCUGGCUCUCCAUCUAUGACACGCUCAUCUGGAGUUUCGCUGGUCCUGUGGCCUUUGCAGUCUCGAUGAGUGUCUUCCUGUACAUCCUGGCAGCCCGGGCCUCCUGUGCUGCCCAGCGGCAGGGCUUCGAGAAGAAAGGCCCUGUCUCUGGCCUGCAGCCUUCCUUUGCUGUCCUCCUGCUGCUGAGUGCCUCGUGGCUGCUGGCACUGCUCUCUGUCAACAGUGACACCCUUCUCUUCCACUACCUCUUUGCCGCCUGCAAUUGUGUCCAGGGCCCUUUCAUCUUCCUCUCCUACGUGGUGCUUAGCAAGGAGGUCCGGAAAGCACUCAAGUUUGCCUGCAGCCGCAAACCCAGCCCUGACCCUGCUCUGACCACCAAGUCCACCCUGACCUCGUCCUACAACUGCCCCAGCCCCUAUGCAGACGGGCGACUGUACCAGCCCUAUGGAGACUCAGCUGGCUCCCUGCACAGUGCCAGCCGCUCAGGCAAGAGCCAGCCCAGCUACAUCCCCUUCUUGCUGAGGGAAGAAUCCACCCUGAACCCUGGUCAAGUUCCCCCAGGCAUGGGGGACCCAGGAGGCCUCUUCCUGGAAGGUCAAGACCAACAGCACGAUCCUGACACGGACUCUGACAGUGACCUGUCCCUGGAAGAUGACCAGAGUGGCUCCUAUGCCUCUACUCACUCAUCAGACAGCGAGGAGGAGGAAGAGGAGGAGGAGGAGGCCGCCUUCCCUGGCGAGCAGGGCUGGGACAGCCUGCUGGGGCCUGGAGCGGAGAGACUGCCCCUGCACAGCACCCCCAAGGAUGGGGGCCCAGGGCCUGGGAAGGCCCCCUGGCCAGGAGACUUUGGAACCACAGCAAAGGAGAGCAGUGGCAGUGGGGCCCCCGAGGAACGGCCACGGGAAAAUGGAGAUGCCCUGUCUCGGGAUGUGUCCUUGGGCUCCCUUCCGGGCUCUUCUGCCCAGCCUCACAAAGGCAUCCUCAAGAAGAAGUGUCUUCCCACCAUCAGUGAGAAGAGCAGCCUCCUGAGGCUUCCCCUGGAGCACGGCACGGGCUCUUCUCGGGGUUCUUCAGCCAGCGAAGGCAGCCGGGGUGGGCUCCCUCCCCGCCCACCUCCCCGGCAGAGUCUCCAGGAACAGCUGAACGGUGUAAUGCCCAUCGCCAUGAGCAUCAAGGCAGGCACGGUGGAUGAGGACUCUUCAGGCUCCGAAUUUCUCUUCUUUAACUUCCUGCAUUAACCCUGGGCCGGUGGUUCCUUCGUCCCGAGGCUCCCUUCCCCUCCCCAGCUGCACUCAUGCCCCCACUCCUGUCUUGUGCUUUAUCCUGCCCCUGCUCCCCACCGCCUGCCCGCAGCAGCGACGAAACGUCCAUCUGAGGAGCCUGGGCCUUGCACCUAAGGCCAUCUAGUGCCAACUCCCUUCCCCACCAUUCCCCUCACUGCACUUUGGACCCCUGGGGCCAACAUCUCCAAGACAAAGUUUUUCAGAAAAGAGGAAAAAAGAAUUUAAAAAGGAUCUCCACUCUUCAUGACUUCAGGGAUUAAUUUUUUUUAUACGCUGGAAACUGACUCCCCUUUCCCUUCCCAAAGAGGAUAGGACCUCCCAGGAUGCUUCCCAGCCUCUCCUCAGUUUCCCAUCUGCUGUGCCUCUGGGAGGAGAGGGACUCUUAGGGGGCCUGCCCCUCAUUUGCCAUCACCAAAAGGAAAGGACAAAGCCACACGCACCUGGGGCGUCAGACCCUGCAGGCUGCACCGGGCAGGCCUCAGCUGGUGAGGGGUCAGGGCAAAGGGCGUUCCUUAUCCGCCCAUUGCUGCCUCUCCCAGGAACUGAAAAAGCCCUGUCCGGCCAGGGGCAGAAGGACUCAUCGCCCCUGGACCCCCAAAUGCUGCAUGAACACGUUUUAAGGGGAGCCUGCGUCCCCAGGCGGGGGCCGGCUGCCCCAGCCCCUCUCCUUUUCCUGGACUCUGGCCACGUGCUGUAGCCCAGGUGUUUGCUCAGUUUGCUGACCCCAAAGUGCUUCAUUUUUCCUGCCUGACCCUUGACCCGCACCUGGGGAAGGCCAGUCGUGUGUUAAGUUGCGCUUCUUUGCUGUCAUGUGGGUGGGAUUGGGAGGAGGAGGAAGCACAGAGCUGGCUCAAUUGCCCAAAGGGCCUCAAGCACAGAUAUGAAGUCUGGGUUCUGGUGUCCACCCACCCACUCUCCCCAAAUCAGACAAAUGCCACUUUGUCUGACCUGCUGUGGCCUCUGAGACAUGUUCUAUUUUUAACCCCUUCUUGGAAUUGGCUCUCUUCUUCAAAGGACCAGGUCCUGUUCCUCUUUGUCCCUUAUUCUACCCCAGCUCCCUGUGAAGAGAGAGUUAAUAUAUUUUUUUUAUUUAUUUGCUUUUUGUGUUGGGAUGGGUUUCUGUCCGGUCCCAGGGGGUCUGAUGUGGCCAUCGCAGGUUGGGUAUGUACCCAGCAGCCCUGGCUUUGGGGCCUAAUGCCCUUCCCCUCGCUCCAUUUCUUCCCCUCAGUUUCGCCAAUCGCUAUUCAUUUUGAGUCUCCCUUUAAGCAUGUAUUUCAGACUUGUCACUGACUUUCCUUCUGGAGCAGGUGGCUAGAAAAAGAGGCUGUGGGCAGGAAAAGGUGUUCCUGUUCUUCACCUGGAAGGCUGGCCUCUGGUUUUUCUGCCAUGUAUUCUCCUCCUGCCCUCUGCCCUUUUCCUCAGCAAUUCCUGCAAAGGGUUAAAAAUUUAACUGGUUUUUACUACUGAUGACUUGAUUUAAAAAAGAAAAAAAAAAUACAAAGAUGCUGGAUGCUAACUUGAUACUAACCAUCAGAUUGUACAGUUUGAUUGUUACUGUAAAUAUGGUAGAGUUUUGUUGUUGUUGUUUUUUUCCAUUCCCCAUACCACUGAAUAAACUAGUUCUGUGCAGGUA